AUGCCCAACCGAACGUGGAAUAUUGUCGACAAAUUUUUCAGUGAAAAUGAAUUUCAAUCCUUUAUCGUACAAAAUGCUGUAUCUAUAAAACGUACAGAAGAAAUUGAAGCUGGAAAGAAGUUAUUUUUUUCUUAUGAUGGUGGAAUAACAGUUUCAACAUCCAAUGAACAUAAUCAUGCUCAUCGUGCAUCAACAACACGAGCACCAUCACCAGUUAGAGAAAUUGUUAUAAAUUCUGUUGCAGCUGGUCUUUCUUACAUUCAAACACAUCGAGCUAUUGAACAUCAAUAUGAAGGUGUUGUUUCACGUUCACAAUUAUGUAGUUUAUUAAAUUACCAUCGAUCACUAAAAUUACCCGAUCAGGUUCAGAACAAUGGAUAA